CUGCUGCUGCUUUUCCAACUCGGUGCUGUGAGCCCUGCAUCUGAGCCCUGGUCCGUGUGCCCCAGGGGAUGUGACUGCAGGGAAGGCCUCAAGUAUGUGAACUGCACGGCAGCCUCUCUCCACCAGGUCCCCGCCACUCUACCACCAGAUACCGAGCACCUGGACCUCUCCAAGAAUAACCUGACUGUUCUCCCCGCCAAAGCCUUCCACACCCUAUGGCGGAUGAACAUCCUACUCAUUAGUUCCUGCAACGUGAAGUUCGUGGAGGACGGAGCCUUCACGGUACUGGAAAACCUUUGGAGACUGGAUCUCCAGAGAAAUGACAUCAGACAGCUGGGUGACAGUUUCUCUGCUGGCCUGUCCUUCCUCAGUGAGCUCAUUCUAUCUGAGAACAACUUGGAAACGCUUAAUUCACAGAUGUUCCAGUACCUGGACAAUGUGAAGAAACUCUACCUUAAUAAUAACCAGAUCCAUCAGAUCAGGAAUGGGGCUUUCAGAAGUAUGACCAAACUCCGACACCUGCACCUUCAGAAUAACAGGCUCGCUUACUUACACAAUGGAGUGUUCUUCAUGCUUCAGAGUCUGGAGGUGCUGAAUCUUCAGGGUAAUCACAUCAAGGACGUUGACACCGGUGUCUUCACAUCAUUGACAAGUCUCACUGUCCUAAAUCUUUCCAGGAAUGGCCUGGAGCGAAUUAAGUUCAAAACAUUUCUGGGCAUUCAGACUUGGGGCACUCACAUUUUGCUGUCUGAAAAUAAUUGGACUUGUGACUGUGAACUGCAGAGGGUUUUCGGGAAGUUGCGCAGUGUCCAGCGCCUGAUAGUUGAUGACUACAACGACGUGAUUUGCUUGGAGCCGCCUGCCUUAAGGGAUUUACCUAUGGCGUCUGUUGACACUCAGCUAUGCAUAGCGGAGACUGUCACGGUCCUUGUCAUCACCUUCACAGUCUUCAUCACUGUGGUAGCUGCCAUUGUAAUGGCAGAGAGGAAUAGGAAGAAACGGACUGGGAAACAUUGGAGUGAGGAGAGCGAAGACUUAGAUUCACAAGAUUGAUGCACAAUUCAGCGCUCAAGAGUAAGGUUCAUUCCCUACAGGUCACAGAGUCGAAGAUCCACAUGUUGUGACUCUCAGCUAACUAGACUAGGGCUCGAUGCAUUGCCAUGAUUUAGUUAGUCAAACUGGGUGUGCUAGAACUGACCUUGAUGCCACCACAUGAGGAAAGGGGAUACAUAAGACUGCCCCUUAAUUGUCAAAUAGUGAUUUAGCCUGGAUUUAUAUUUGUAUGGAUAUGCUUAUGGACCAGUUUGGACUCUGAUGUUAAAUGGUCCCAACCUUUGGUAUCUGUUUUCAACGAAGUAUAAAGUGUGGGCCAAAGAUAUUUCACCUGUUUCGCUGCUAAAAGGGGGCUGUGGGUUGAGGAAUAGGGGUGGGGAGGUUGUUUAGAGAAGCAAAUUG